UCUCCCCCUCCUUCUCCUCUUUAUCUUCCUGUUCUCUUAAAUCAGCUCACACUUUUCUCUUUCUUUCCUUCUGUCUGUUGCUCUCCCUCUAUCUUCAAGUUAGUCUCUUGUUUACAUUAAUUGUUGAUAGAAUUUUUUUCCUACUUUUUCUACAUUUUCUAAUUGAUUUCUGGUCAUCUUUAAAUCUCCACCAUGAAUAUCGCCCGACUUUCCAUGUUAGGGAGACUCAAUCCAAUUUCUCCAAAGUUUCCUGGUUCUUUCUUUUCUUUUGGUAGACAUUUUUCUUCUCAAAGUUCCGAAUAUAUUACCUGUGAUGUACGAAAUGGUGUUGCUGUUGUUAAAUUUGACAAUCCAAAGGAAAAGGUCAACAGUCUUUCCGAAGAGUUCAGCAGUCAAAUGGAAGCUCAUCUUGAACGGAUCUUGACCGAUUCCAGUAUUACCUCUGGUGUAUUAAUCUCUGGUAAACCUGAGAAUUUCAUUGUUGGUGCUGAUAUUACAAUGCUUGAGAAAUGUAAAUCAGCCGCUGAAUCUGAAACACUUGCUAGAGGUGGACAAGAUAUGCUUCUUCGUCUACGGUCAAGUCCUAAACCUGUUGUCGCUGCCAUUAUGGGCCAAUGUCUUGGUGGUGGUUUAGAAGUUGCCAUGAAUUGUCAUUACCGAAUCGCAGUUAAAGACAAGAAAACUGUGCUCGGUCUUCCGGAAGUCAUGUUAGGCCUUUUACCAGGAGCAACUGGUACUCAACGAUUACCUGCUUUGAUCAAUCUACCCGAAGCUUUAACUAUGAUGCUCACUGGAAAACAAGUUCGUGCUGAUAAAGCCAAGAAAUUAGGUUUAGUUGAUCUUUUGGUUAAUCCAUUAGGUCCUGGAAUCAAGUCACCAGAGAUUAUGACAUUAGAAUAUUUAGAACAAGUUUCCGUUCAAAUAGCUGAACAAUUAGCUAAAGGAAAAUUAACCCCCAACCGAAAGAGACCUUUACCUGAGAGAAUUCAAGCUUUAUUGUUCAAAAAUCAAUAUGUUCGGGAUAACCUUGUAUUUGCCAAAGCUAAACAAGGUGUCAUGAAACAAACACAGGGACUUUACCCUGCACCUCUCAAGAUUUUGGAUGUUGUCAAAACGGGACUGGAAAAAGGUGAACACGCUGGACUGGAGGCCGAACGUCGAGGUUUCGGUGAAUUAGCACAAACACCCCAUUCAAAGGCUCUUAUUGGUCUUUUCCGAGGUCAAACACUUUGUAAAAAAAAUCGAUUCGGUAAACCAGCUAAAGAACCUAAAACAAUCAGUGUACUUGGUGCAGGUUUAAUGGGUGCAGGUAUCGCUGCGGUAUCUUUAGAUAAAGGAUUUGAUGUUGUUAUGAAGGAUAUGAAUGCCAAUGGUUUAACUCGAGGUUCUCAACAAAUAAGUAAAAUCUAUGAUGGUUAUGCGAAAAGAAAACGUAUCACUCAAUACGAGAAGGAUGUUUAUCUUUCUCGGCUUCAGCCCAGUUUGAACUAUUCCGAUAUCUCCAAAUCAGACAUAGUUAUCGAAGCCGUUUUCGAAGAUAUCAAAAUCAAACAUGCCGUUGUAAAGGAGGUUGAAAGUAUCGUUCGACCUGAUUGUGUUUUCGCAUCUAAUACAUCAGCUUUACCCAUUGCUCAAAUUGCCGAAGCCUCUAAACGACCUGAAAAUGUUGUAGGAAUGCAUUACUUUUCACCCGUUGAUAAAAUGCAACUUCUUGAAAUCAUCACAACCGAUAAAACAACCAAAGAAGCCGCUUCACAGGCCGUUCAAGUUGGUCUUAAGCAAGGAAAGGUUGUAAUCGUUGUUAAAGACGGUCCUGGUUUCUACACAACUCGAAUUUUGUCCUUCACCAUGUCGGAAGCUUUCCGACUUCUCCAAGAAGGUGUCGAACCCACAAAACUUGACAAACUUAGCAAAGCCUAUGGUUGGCCUGUUGGAACUGCGACUCUCCUUGAUGAGGUUGGAAUGGAUGUCGGUGCUCACAUUGGUGUUUAUCUCGAGGGUAUUUUCAAGGAAAGACUCAACGGUGGCACUCGAGCAUUAGGAGAUGACAUAAUGGCCUCCGGAUGUUAUGGUCGUAAGUCGGGUAAAGGUUGGUACCUUUACGACAGCUCCGUUAAAAAGGGUUCACCAAGGCCAAUGAAUCCCGUCAUGUUGGAUAUCCUUAAGCGCCAUUCCCUCACACCUAAAUUAGAAAACACUGAUGAACAAAUUCAAAUGAGAUUAGUUGUCCGGAUGGUCAACGAAGCCAUUUUGUGCCUACAAGAAGGUGUUCUUCACAAUCCGUUGGAAGGAGAUGUUGGCGCUGUUUUCGGCCUUGGAUUCCCUCCUUUCCAUGGUGGACCAUUCCGAUUUGUUGACCAUUAUGGAGCUGGACGAUUAGUGUCAUUAAUGGAAACCUUCCAGAACGCUUAUGGCCCCGAGUUCGCCCCAUGCCAAUUACUACUCGACCACGCUAAAGACCCAACACUCCGAUUCCAUAAAUGAUGAAAUAUUUUUUUCUAAAACAACAACAG